AUGUCCGAGGCGGCAAAAUCUUUCAGGGUCGGGGCUCUUGCCGUCCCGCUGAACAGCUCAAGCACCCCAGUCGAAAACUGGGUUAUUGCCGUCUCGAGCGAGAAUGACGUACAAUGGGUUGGGGUCAAGGCACUUGAAAAUGGGGGAAACAUUCAGUUCGAAAAUUUCAAGUCGUCGGCGGGCCCCCCGACCAUCGUAGGGAGCUGGGCAUCACUUUUCUUCGGAGUCGUCGACAAGGAUCAGGCAGCGAGCAUAAUCCGCACCUUCACCGAGCUUCCGGAAAAGUUCAAAGAAACAAAUAAAGCUUGGACUCCUGAGAAUUACCUUUCUGCGAUUUGGGAUGUCGUUCAUCGCGGGGCAUGGGCCAAGGACCACAAAAACAUCGACAUUGAUCAUGGGUACAGAGAGAUACAGCUUGCCGUUAACCGUGCCAGGGAUAAUCGACAAAACUGGAGCAUGAAAUCGGACCUAUCUUGGCGUGGACAGACCCCUUUGACUGCUUUCUUGAUGAGGCACUAA